AUGAAAAUUUUCAAUUUGAUUUUAGUUCAUUUAAUUAUUUUAAAUUUAUGCUAUUCAUAUACUUAUGACUAGCAUGGUUCAGAUUGGCCUGCUACUUGUACAACUGGGCAAAGAUAAUCUCCUAUAAAUAUAGAAACUUAUCUUAUAAAUGAUACACCUGAAUGCUAUAAUGUUGAUUUCUAGUAUAUGGGGAAAUUUAACGCAUAAACCCUAUAAAACGGACAUACUCUCUAAACUUCGGUAGGAAACUCACUUCCUUUCUUUGAAAUCGAUUUCGCAGAUGCUUAUGGAGUAAAAGCUACCUAUAGAGCUAUAUAGUUUCACUUUCAUUCUUUAUCAGAGCAUACUAUUGAUGGCGAACACUUUGAUUUAGAGUUACAUAUUGUAACCUAAAACGUAGUAAAAACGCCCAAAAAAUUGGCAGUUUUUGGUAUUUUCAUGUAAGAAACAGAAAAUGAAGCUGAAGAAACUUAACUUUUUAAAAAAUAUGAAUUUGCAGGUGAAAAUGUUAACGACUUAUCACCAAAGUUUGAACUUGAUUUUACCUCUAUGUUGAACCUAGUUUUUAGCCAAUAAAAUAAGGCAUAUAUAUACUAGGGUUCUCUCACUACACCAACUUGUGAUGAGAUUGUAAAUUGGCAUGUAUUUAAAAAUCCUGUGAAAAUAUCAAAGAAAACCUUAGAUAAGUUUAAAGAGCUUUGGUUUAAUUAAAGUGGAGAGAUCAAAAGCGGAAACUAUAGGACAACUGUUCCUUUAAAUGGUAGAACAGUUAAGUAUAUAAAAUUUUGCAGCUCUUCAAUCAUAUCCUUCUCAUAUAUUGCCAUAUUCUUAUUACUAAAAAUAUUUUUCUGA